AUGCGGCCAGGACCCGGGCUGGUCGUGAUGGCGCUUGCGUUUAUUUCGGGGGCUCGGCGUGCCAGCACCAGCAGCAGCAGCAGCAGCUCGUUAAUACCAACAACAGCAACAACAACAACAGACGACGGUAGCGCUGGUGACGUCCCUGGCCGUCCCAGCAGUGCUCCGGCCGCCCACAAUUUUCCGCUUAACUUUGAUUUCUAUCGGCGACCGGCGCUGCACGCUGCACCCGACGAAACUGCGCUUGCCUCCUCAACGCGACGUGCCCGCAGUCUCGACGACGGCACGAGGGCGGGGAGCAGCCACGACGCGGGUCAGGGCACAGAAUCAGCUGCGGGGGCGCCCGAGUCCAGCGAGGCGACGCUUACUAACGAGAACGAGGAGGCUGAAAGAGAACCGGAGCAGGAGCAGGAGCAGAAGCAGGCGGAGGAGGAGGAUAGCAGCGGACUACCGGUGCAGUACGCCUCAUCCCGUGCAUUUGACGAGGACGCUGACGUUGUAGCGGACGAGGACAUCUUUGCGCUGGUCGCCGAGGACGAUCUGCUGUCGGAGGAGUCGUUUGAUCGUUUAAUAAAGCUGAACGAAGAGGUGGAGGAGGAUUACAAUCUGGAUGCAAGAAUUGCCUUGACUCACACGCAGCAGCAACAACAGAAAGAUCAUCAAGAGCUGCAGGAGCAGCAGGAACAGCAGGAACAGGAAGCCGAGUCGCAGCAACAGGACGAAAUUCGAUUGGUCGAUGAAAGUGUGCUGCAUGCGCAACACAACGAGAAGGAUAACGAGAACGAGAACAACAACAACAACAAUAAACGUGAGACAGGAGAGGAGAGAAGAAGUGAAAACGAAGCCUAUGCGUCGCAUCUGAUUGCAAUUGCCCAAAGGGACGGUGGCACAUUGUCAGCCACGGUUGCAACAACAAAAACAAAAACAAGAGCGACUGGUGCAACAGACAAAGGCAGCAAAACAGCAGCGCCUGUUGUGGACCUCAAGAAAUCCAUACUCGGCACUAACUCCGCAUUAACACGCCUUAAUCCUUGGAUAUCAGCUUGUGAUCUGGCACAGCCGGGCACAACUGGCACCGACUUGCAGGGUCAGUGCUCAGCUGGUACACUGCCCAUGGCCUGGGUCGAUGAGGGACCUGGUCCGCCAAUCUGUCCGCGCUCCUGUGCUGAACAACAGUCGACGGACAGCAGCGACAGUGCGAAAUACUCGGAACUGCGCACCGAUAAUAAACUCAAGUAUUUCAUAAAUGCAAAUAGGUUUAACUAUAAGUCGCCACAGCAUACGCGUUUAAGCCACAACAGUAACAACAAUAAUAAUAACAAUAAUAACAGGAAUAUGAUUAAAGCCAUGUCGCGAGUGCGACGCGAUAAAAAAUGGCAAAUGGAUGGAGUACCAACGGAGGAGGAGGAGGUGGCAACAACAACAACAGCAACGGCCACAGCCACUGAGCAACAGCAGGAGCUGGAAAUGGAACUGGAAAUGGAGACAAUGGAGGCAUCAACAUUGGCAGCAACAUCAACCAGCAGCGAUUUAGAUGAAUUGGAUGAACAAUCGAUGCCCACAUUGCUGUAUAGCCAUCUGCAGACACCUGAGCAGCUCACAGCAAACGAGCAACACCAACAGCAACAGCAGCAACAACAACAGUGCCUUGAUUACCUGGGCGAUACCGUCGAGACAAGUCCACAGAGUUUGUGUGACAUGGGAUCGCCUGGUCAGCUGCUGGCGCGACUUCGCACCCUUCGAUUGCGUCAUUGCUGUGAGCGAAGUGUGUUCAGUGCGUUGCACACACUCGCGUUGAAUGCCACACUCACCGAUCGCGAUGAGUGUGUGCGUCUUCUCAAGGAUCUGCUCGAUGUGGACGCCUUGGCCAAUCGAAUCACCUGCGAACUAUCCGAGAUACUCUUCCGCUUUGAUUGCCGUCAGGUGUAUUCGCUGGUCAAUCAGUGUGACGACUGCAAGGAAGCUUAUCGCCGCUGGGUUUGUAGCACGCUGGUGCCGUAUUUUGCCGAGCCGCAGGACGUUGAUCCAACGAAGGCAGCGAGUAAAAAUAAAAGUAAACGUGCUGCGAGAAAUGCAGGCGCUGCUCUUGGGAGCGAUGGCAUCGAUGGCAACAAGCAUAAAUCUCAGAAAUUAAUCAGCAAUAACAAUAAAUCAAACAACGGCAAUAACAUGAACGAGCAUCAGAUUAAUCAACAGCAUGACGAGGACAAUGAGCCACAAAACAAAAAUGCGAAUGUGAAUGUGAAUGCGAAUGUGAAUGAGAAUAAGAAUGUGAACGUUGUGAAUGUGGCGCAAGCAUUCUAUAAUGUUGUUGGCAUUGGCCAGCAUCAAUCCCAGUUCCAGUUACAGUCCCGGUCCCUGUCCCACAAUAACAAUCCUAAGGAUAACAGUAGAGGAGCAAUCUCUGCGCCACAACAAAAUGAUGAAGAUGAACAAUUCAAUAAUUUCAUAUCGACUGCCAAUAAUGCGGAUCCCAGCGCAGCGGAUCCAGUGAUAUCAAAACUACAAAAGAGAUCAACAUGCAAGGCAGAGUUCCGUAAGCGCCGACGCAUUCGACCCUGCCUGAGCGUAUGCCAAACUGUGGAACAAAAGUGCCCCUAUCUGCUGCCCGCCGAUCGCGCCCCCGCGCUGCCCACCCAAUAUGCCGGAGAGCCGACAUUUUCAUGCCUAGAUCAAAAUAUACCCGAGACCGGCGAGCAGCUGAAGAAAUCGAGCUACGGCCCCAACGACUGCUGCUACAGUUACUGCGAUGGACCGGCGGCGGGACUCUGCACCAUCUGCCGGGAUUUCGCCUCCACGUCCGGUCGUAAUGGCACAACAUCGACAUCGAAUGCCACCAACAUUAGCGGCCAUCGUGUGCAUAACAUAACGCUGACGAUGAGCUCACCGCCCGGCGAGCAUGCGCGUGCCGCCAGCGUCUCGGUGGCGCUACGGAAUGUGAGUGUAGCGCCGACGGCUGAGGAGGAGCUGUUGGAACGAUUGCCGUAUUAUGCGCGCCAUGACAGCGUGUAUUAUUAUGACGAUGACGAGGGCAGCGAUAUGCCGGAUAUGGCGCUUUCAGACGGCUGUGCGGCGGUGCCAUCGGUGACUACGCGCUGUACGAUACCCUAUUAUGCAUCCGGUGUGGCGCCGACGCCGCCGACGCAGCUGCUUGUCUGGCUGAGCGCGUUGCUCGGUCUGCUGAGCAGCUGUGGAGCGGCACGGCAGCGUUGUGCCUCACGUGCCACAAGCCGUGCAACUGGACGUGGCGACUGUGCGGCCAGCUGUCAUGAAUUGUUGGCCAGUUCGAGUCCGAGUGCGAGUUCGAGACGGGAACGGGAAACGGAAGACGGCGCCAGCAAGAGGCGCAGGCGGAAUGCCGAAGGAAACGGAAGUGCAAGCUUCACUGCCAGCCAAGCUUGGGCAUGGGCAUGGGCGUGGAAAUGGGCGUGGAAAUGGGUGGUGAAAUGGGUGGUGAAAUGGCCAGUGAAUACUUAUAAAGUAACGUGUAGAAAAGUGCGAUAUUUUAGGGGUAGCAGCAGAAGUAAAUUAAAAGUUGAACGCAUUAUUGAAAUGAGCUCUACAUAUAGUCGUAUAAUUAACUAUAGAGACUUACAACAACUAAUAAUACGAAUCAAGAAGUGCAGCGAUAGGAAUAGAAAUGCUAGAAAUUAUCGUUACUUCUACUACUACAACUACAACAUAAACGAUUGGUGGCGAAGAUGGAAGUGGUUUGUACAAGGAACCAUCGCUAUUGGCGCCUUAUAGUGCAUGCAAUUAGUAUGCGGUCACCUGCAGAUUGCAGUUAUAAUGUCAUUAAUUGUAUUUCGUACUCUAGAAAAUUACACGUAAUGCUAGCUAAUUAAAACGAAACCGAAACCAAAAGCAUCAACUGCAAAUUGUCAGUUGAGUGUAAAAAAAGCAAAACAAAAUAAUAAAUAAAUUUAAUAAUUAUAAUAAUGACAGAAAUUGCAGGUCUCUUUCAACCUGACAGGGCAAAAAAUGGGAAUUAAA